AGUGGGCAGGCAGGCAGGCUUUCUAUCACCCUUUUUUUUUUCUUUUUUUUUACAGUAAUAUCUCUUCAAAUAAUAAGUAGUCGAGACGUCCAGCAUAACAUAGAUCGAUUUGCGGAUUAAAAUGUAAGGGACACUCUGAAAUCAGUUCAGUUUCACUAUUACACAUAGAAGAGAGUUUCUUCCGGACUGUUUCGGUUCAUCAUCGAAGGAUACCCUGCCCGGAUUUAUAUGCCGCUAAUGACAAGUUCAGCUCCUCGUAUCAUCUACCUCACUUUUACACGACCAUCAUCAUUUUGGCAAUCAUUGAGCAGGACGAAUAUUUAUUUUCCUUUCCGAGUCUUGAAGCCGCCGGUGGGUAUCCUUAACCUGCGCUAAACUGAUAAGUGUACCCAUUUAAAAAAAUUAAAAGGAUCAAUGCUGAACCAUUAUUCCUGGACUAGGAACGUAAAUUUAACCGUGCUGAAAACCGAAUUUCAAGAUGGCAACAGAGGUCAGCCAAGUGUCGUUGAGUGAGCUGCCCAUGGACAACUGGAUGGCCCAUCUGCCCAGUGAACUGUGGGAUACCCCUCUCUGUUACAUGACCAUUCCAGGAAGCCACAAUUCUUUAACGUACUGUCUGGAUAAGAAUGACCGCUCCCCAGUUGACCCCACUCAACCAGAUAUGCUGCAGAAGCUGGACAAGUACAUGAAGCCCAUCAUACGGCCAUUUGUUUACAAGUGGGCAAUAGCACAGGAUUCUAGCGUACAGGAGCAGUUUGAUUCCGGGGUGAGAUACUGUGACCUGAGGAUAGCACAUCGGCCUAAUGACAGCUCUAAUGAUCUCUACUUCUAUCAUGGUGUUUAUACCACUAUUACUGUGGAGAUGGUAUUAAAAGAGAUCAGAAAAUGGCUGGACGUUCAUCCCAAGGAAGUAGUCAUCCUCUCCUUUAGCCACUUCCUGGGCCUCUGUCAAGAUCGCCACUCAAUGCUGGUCUCAACAAUAAAGAGUGUUUUUGAUUCCAAACUGUGCCCAGAAACGGAUCGUGUUACACUACGGAAUUUAUGGAGCCAGGGUUACCAAGUCAUCAUUUCAUAUGAGCACAGUAUUGCCAACUGCCACAUAGAGUUGUGGUCCCAUAUACCUUAUUGGUGGGCCAACAAGUGCAAACCUGAAGCGCUGAUCGAGGAAUUUGAACGUAGAAAACAAAGUGGCCGACCAGGGUUCUUUGUGACCGGCAUCAAUCUUACUGAAGAUUUGAAGUACAUAUGCUCCCAUCCCACAGAAUCUCUGAAGGAUAUGGUGAUAUCUGCAUAUCCCACAUUACUCAGAUGGGUCAGGCAGCAAAUGCCUGGCUCUAACACUGGCUCCCUCAACAUCAUAGCUGGGGACUUUGUGGCUGAAAGCCAGUUCAUACCAACCGUCAUUGCACUGAAUGAAAAUUUACUGAACAGAACCAUAUUAUCAGACCCUUGACACACUCGGUCUGCAUAAUGUAUUUAACAUUUAAGGAAAGAAGAGUUUCUUGUUCUUGUGAUGGAUUUUUAUACUGGUCAGUAGACUAUAAAAUUACUUUGCACUUUUGAUUAUAAGGGUGAUAGAGAAUUUAGAUUUAUGAGUAGAAUAAUGUAAUGCACUGAUUUGUAUGAGUUAAAUGUACUGUUUUAUUAGGCUUAUUUAUGCAGUUUCCGAUAUAUACCUCUGAUCUUGCAAUAAUGUAGGUCAUUUAUAAGGUUCCUGGAUAUGGACAUUAUCAUAGUCCAAAUGAUUAUAACAUCAAAGUACAGCACCAAUCAUAAGCAUACAUAGUGCCAGUGGGCAGAGAACCAGAAUUGCAUGAGGAUUGCUGAAGACUACUUAAUCCAAGUCUGCACAAAUGGAAUCAAACCCUCAGGAUUGUGCAUUUGUUAAAAAAUAUAUAAACUUUUCAACUUUUUACUGUAUGGAAUGACAAUAUGGAGAUUAUGUUUACAUCUCUGCAUGGUUUUCACAAACAAAAGCAUGAAGAGACAUUGUGGAAUAUUUCUGCAAUUCCACAUGUUCUCUGUCAUAGCAGCAUGUCAUCUAAACCAUGAAGCAAGUUGUCAGUGGUUUUGGCCUCUCUGAAAAAAUUUAAAUCACAAAUAAAAUUUAAAUCACAAGUAUCUACAGUUUGAAUGGAGAAUAUUAUUUUCUCACCACAACAGAGCGGUUAUCUGAGUUACCAUAAACUUUGUCGGUUCAAACCAGUCUGGCCAUUCUCUGUUGAACUCUCUUA